GGAGAGAAACCACCGUUCUUCCCAAAUUCUCCUCCGCGGAUGGGAUGGCGCUAGCAGCCGGCAACCGCCGCUUCUUCCACUCCUUUAUACAUAAUCUUUCAAUUCUACAAUCUCUCUUAUAUGUGUAAAGAAAACGGCUCGAUUUUUCCCAGGGAGUUGAAUUGUUAGCAUAUUGAUUGUAUUUUUGUGGUAGUAUGGAUCAGAAUAAGCAAAAUUAUUUCAAGACACGCAGAAACAAUCAGUUCAAGAGAAAGGGGGACAGCAACAGGAGAGGGAGAGGGAGCAAUUCCAGAAAUGAACAAUUAUCAAGGAGCUCAAAUUCUGCUGAUACUGUCUAUCGCAUACUUUGCCCUUCAAGAAAAAUUGGGGGUGUUAUUGGAAAGGGUGGGAACAUCAUUAAAGCUCUAAGGGUAGAGACACAGGCCACGAUUACGGUUGCUGAUCCUGUCCCUGGUUCAGAUGAGCGAGUUAUUAUUAUCUAUAGUUCUCCUACAAAGAUUUUGGGGAAACAUAACCCUGAUGAGGAUUUGACUGCUGGGAAUGAAUAUGAGCUAAUGGAGCCACACUGUGCUGCCCAGGAUGCUCUCUUGAGAGUUCAUGAUCGGAUUGUUGAAGAAGAACUCUCUGGUGGAGUAGCUUCAGAUGAUGAUAAUGAGAGUACUGUUGUCACAGUGCGACUUCUUGUUCCCAAUAAUAUGGUAGGAUGCCUUCUAGGGAGAGGUGGAGAUGUUAUUCAAAGAUUGCGAAGUGAUACAGGUGCUAGUAUCCGUGUUCUUCCUUCUGAUCAUCUUCGUUCUUGUGCUAUGAGCACUGAUGAAUUAGUGCAGAUAUCCGGUAAAAAUGACGUAGUGAAGAGGGCUCUUUAUGAGGUUUCAACUCACUUGCAUCAGAAUCCUCGCAAAGAUAAACCUCCUAUGAGCUUUUCUGUGCCUUAUGGGGGGCAGAGUUUUUCUCCUGCUCUUUCCCCCAGUAAUUCAUCAUGGCCUCAAAGAAAUUCUGCACCCUACAGUCUGCCACCAGUGCCUUGGAUGGGGGAUAAAGGAAAGCAGCCUUCCAGAUUUGGGCCAGGUGGCUUCAGUGGUGUCCCUCCACGUGGUCGGGAAGCCCCAGCCGAGUUUUCAAUGAAAAUUUUGUGUGCAGCUGGGAAAAUUGGUGGGGUGAUAGGCAAGGGAGGCUUUGUUGUUAGACAAUUACAGCAGGAAACGGGAGCCAGUAUUCAUGUUGAGGAUGCAUCAACAGAGUCUGAUGACCGUGUUAUUCGUGUCUCUGCAUACGAGGUUCUCUGCGAUCCUAGAUCACAGACCAUAGAUGCCAUUCUUCAGCUUCAGAAUAAAACAAGUGAAUUCUCUGAGAAAGGCACAAUAACUUCUAGGCUGCUUGUUCCUUCAAGUAAGGUUGGCUGCAUCCUUGGACAAGGGGGGAACAUUAUCAAUGACAUGAGGAGGAGAACACAAGCAGAUAUUCGUGUUUAUUCAAAGGAUGAUAAGCCUAAGUGUGCAUCUGAGGAUGAAGAACUGGUUCAGAUAUCUGGCAAUUUUCGUGUUGCUGAGGAUGCUUUGGGAGAGAUUGCAUCAAGACUCAGAGUAAGAACUCUUAGAGAUGCAAAUGCUGGGGCAGAACCAGCACCUACUGGGCCUGUUCAGGGAUUUGGGCCUGGAAGAAGUUUACCAGGAUCAGGUCCUCCACCAUCUGCUGCAAUUAGUGCUGGAAAAUUUGGUGGAUAUGAACCUUUCAGGGUAUUUUCUUCUCUUAUUAAUGUUCCCAUCUUUUGCUUAGUUAGCCAAGAAUUUUUAAUACUUGAGUUGAAUUUAGCUUUAGGAGUUUUUGGUAAGCUCCCUAAGGGUACUCUUUCUCUGAUGGUACCUUUGUUGGUGGUCAUGAUAGUUAGUAUGCGCUGGUUUUGGUGUUUUAGAUGGCAUAUUUAUAAAUUGGGUACAAGUCAUCCCUGCAUGGGUGGUGGUGGACGUGAGUAUGAGCCUCAAAGUUAUCCUGUUCCACCAACCGCUACUGGUUACCCAUAUAUGAACAGUGCACUUGAGGCUAAAGUUCCCAACAAUGCAUCAUCUUCCCUUAUGGGCACUGGAAGAAGUACCAUGUCCAAUAUUGAUGAGGUUUCGGCAGCAAGUUUGAAGCUUCAAGACUAUCAAUAUGGUGGCUCCAAUCUUGUUCAGUACCAUGGUUCUUCAGAGCAUCCAACUGUUGCACAAAAUCUUCAAGCUUUCAUGGGUUCUGCUGGACAACAAACAAAUGCUCAACAGAAUUUCUAUCAUAGCUUGCAUGCUCAACAAAGUCCGUAUGAAAGCACUGGUGCUCAGCAAAGUCCCUAUAAGAACUUGCAUGUGCAGCAGAGUCCCUAUCAAAAGAUCAAGGCAGAGCACAGCCCCUACCCUGGGAAUACUCAGCAUAUGACACAUGCCCACAUAAAUGGUCCAAAUAGUGCUUACCAUAACUAUGGUGCGCAGCAAGGUGCGUACCACUAAUAACUCUGGCAUUGGCCUUUUUGUACCAUAAUUUGUUGUCACAUUCUAAUUUAUGUAAUUUUGCCAGCAUAUUAGAGGUUAUCUAAGCCUUCAUAUUUCUGAGAGCUUCUUAGGUGUUACAUAUAUCCUGCUUUAAUGUGCUUGAUUGAGUUGUUUGUCUCUAUCUCAUGAAAAGUUAGAUACGUUGCUUCUGUUUCCUGUA